UAUAUAAGAAACUAAUUACAAGGAAUGUCGUCUUCAUCUUCAUCCAUAUCCCUUCUCAUUUUAUCGAAAAACAGACUAUAUAUCAGUAAACAUCAGUAGUUCAUCUCGUCCAUGGAUGCCAAGUCAAAAACCAUGCCUCCCCGCAUGUACAUGGACUUCAACCCCCUUCUUGAGUGGAUUCGCGGAGAAAAGUUGGAUGUUGCUCUUAUUCAUGUACCCGGAUUCAAGAAGGAGCAACUCAAGGUGGAGAUAGAUACCCAAGGCAACAUCUGUGCCAGCGGCGAGCGGCCGCUCGACACUGAUGGCAAGCAAUGGCGGCGAUUCUCCACAAACCUCCAAAUACCAGCCAACUGCGACAUUAACAAGGUGCAUGCCAAGUUCGAAAACGAUACACUCCAUAUCUUCUUCCCCAAGCUGGUCUCUGCUGUUAUUGAGGCAGCACCUAAACCGACCACCACCGACAAGCACUCCGCCACUGCCGCAGGUGUCUAUGCAACAGGGAAGGAGAAUAAGGCAGACAAAACAAAUAGUCAAAAGAAAAAGGCACUGUCAGCACCAUCGGAAAGUUUGAAGCCCAGCUAUGACAAGGCAGAGUUUGAAAGCUUGAAAACCAAUGGCCGGAGUGAGGGGGUGGCACAUGGCACAGGUGGCAGGGAGGUGGAGCUAACUCCGGUGAGGAAGAAACUGCUAAUGAAUGUUGCGGUGGCCACCCUGGUGUUCCUUGGUCUUGGAUUUUAUUUGAAAUACAAGUUUACCAAGGCAGAGACAAGAUGAAGACUUUUGUCAAUGACUCAAGCAUCAACAAUUACUUGUAACCUUAAUCAAAGAAUUCUUAUACACAAAUAAAGCAGAGAUGAUUGAUACAGUUUCUAAUCUGUGUAGGGAAUGGCAAAGCUUAUACAAGUUUAUUUAAACACAGAUUUGAAAAAUAAAACAAAAUAGAAAAUGAUCAUGUACCAACCAAGAACUUUUAGAAAAUGGAACUAAUAUUGCAGUAGAAUUUGACACA